AGUAUUUCUUCCCUUGCAUCUUCAACAAACAGUCACGAAGGGUACCAUGAGAGUAAAUAUGCAGCAGUUUACUGUACAAGACUGCAAAGAAGCUCUUCAGGAUGUUCUAAAUGCAUUCCGACAACCAGAUAAUGCACACCGAUUGAAUGAAGCCAAAGAUAAUGCAGGAAAUGAUAUGCUGAGAAUGAUGCAGAUUGUGUUUCCAUUGGCAACGCAAAUACAAAUGGAAGUGAUUGAAAAAUAUGGUUUUCCUGGAGAUGGAGACGGUAUCAUCCGAUUUACACAGGCAGUAAAACUGUAUGAAAAACAAGAUCAAGAUGUGACAUUGCUAAACAGAGAACUUAAAUCAUUUCUCAUACCAUCAAUGAACAUAUUGCCUCCUGAAGGGGCCUCUUGAUAUAAGCUUUCUUUGAAUUUAUAUUUAAUUGCUUGUAUUUAAUUAUGAACUGAAGCAACUCCAUUAUUUACCAUCUUGAUAGUGUCUGUUGUGAACGUUAAAUCAUACGUAAUGUUGAUAUCGUUGUGUGAAUGUAACGUUUUCCCUGGCAAAAUUUACAUUUGCAUUACGAAAUUUCACCAACUUGUGGCAUACGAAUGACAUCUUUUGUUUUUACACAUGUUGUUAAUUCUACAUUUCAUUAGUAACUGCUAUUUACCUGUUUUAUAUUGCUAAAUCUGUGUCAGGACUGAUGAAUAUGAGCGUACAUUCAAAAGCUUAUACCAUUGUGCAUUUGUUUACAGUGAUACACAUGAUUGACAUUGAAUGUGAGCAACCAAUUUCUUACAUGCAAUGUUAUGUGUGCGUAUGAAAAGGGGAUUUCUCAUGGUUAAAACUGUUAGUUAUUUUGAAUUCGAAUUUAUAGGUAAUUACUUGUCACACACAAAAACUUUUACAAACAAAUUUACUUUCUACCAACAAUAAGGUAAGGUCCACCUUUAAAAUACAGGUUUUCCUUAAAUUUUGAAACUGAUAUAAAUUGAAAAACUAACAGUAUUAUCUAUUUAUUUACAUGAGACAAACCGGGAUGCAGUAUUCAGUAUGUAGGUGAAACCAGAUGCUAUUUAUGUAAAUGCACGCAAGAACACCUUAUUGUGCCUGUAAUUAUUGUUUUGCUUUUUAAAAAAUAAAAUUGUUAUUUCCUAAA